AUGGGCGCUUUGAGAAGAAUUAAGACAAAGCGCAGGACAAGGGAUUACGAUCAGGUUCGAGCUGAUAUUGAAUCCCCCAAACACCUUGCGCAAUACAAAGCCACCAAGGACCCCGAGGACCUACCGGGACUUGGAAAACAUUACUGCGUUGAGUGCUCAAAAUGGUUUGAGAGUGAACACAACCUGGUUGCCCACACAAAGGGUAAAAACCAUAAACGAAGAAUUCGCCUCCUACGUGAAGAGCCUCAUACACAGAAAGUCGCUGAAGCCGCUGUGGGUUUAGGCACCGAUAAGGGCCUUCGCUUGGAAGAAAAUGUUGUCGACAUGGAGGAUUAAGCUUCUACGACUAAUACGCGCUUGACGAGUGUCCGCACCUAUCGGAUAUACAUUGCCAAUAUGAAGGGGGAUAUGUCUCUUGGACAGGCUGAACGAGAAGCAAGCGACAGAAAAAAAUUCAUCCGUGAGGGUUGAUGUUGUCUUGAAGACAAUGCUAUUGGUUGCAAAGCUCAAGUCCUUUCGCCCAAUCAGCGACCGGCAUGGUCACAUGAAACACGUGAAACCACAUGCGCCGAAAACCGC